UGUAGGUAGACAUAUAAGAAAUCUAGACAAGACGGGUCGCUAUGACGUCAUUAGGCAAUAUUGUGACGUCACGCCAUUGUCUGACAUUGUCUCAGCUAGCUACAGCAGCACUGCAGUACACUCUUCAUUUAUCGAGAUUAUCGAAGCAUUAUGCCAGUCACCAGACGUCUGACCGUGUCCGAGUGUGAAGGGUUUGAUUCCGAGGUAGCGGAGUGUUUUUCACGUACAGAACUGAUAGAGUUUCAUGAUUCGGUUCCCAAACACGUCACAGUAAAACCAAGACCAGUGGCAAGGCGUCUGACCGUGUCCGAGUGUGAGGGCUUUGAUUCCGAGGUAGCGGAGUGUUUUUCACGUACAGAACCGACAGAGUUCCAUGAUUUGGUUCCCAGACACGUCACAAUAAAACCAAGACCUAUUCGUCCCGAGCCACCAUUCCAAUGGGACUGUAGUAAAAACGAAAAACAAGCCAAGGAGCACGAGCUCCACGUUCAGCUGACGGCGGUCCUGGUUGAGGUGGACAUUCUCCGGGCUGACCUACGAGAUGCACGACUCCGUUCCCAAUGUCUGAAACUGAAGAACCAACAUCUUCAGAGACAAGCCAGACAACUCUCGGAGGAGAAAGUCUCCCUCGGGGAGCAGGUGGAUCGCUUGGUGAAGGAGGUGGACAUGUUGAGAGGUGAAAGACUGCGUGUACAUUCAGGAGAGGGAGAGGGUGUUGGACUUGUUCAGAGGUCAGGGGCUACACAGACCACGUGUUUUGACCACAUUAUCCAAUCAAAGAAUGGAAUGCCUCGUGAACAAGACAAUAGGUCAACAAGACAUCAUGAACUCUCUCAAAGUAGUCUGUCAUCAAAGAAACGUAUGUCAUCAAGCACAACCAAUUUAAUAGAAAACUGUAAUCAGAAACAAAAUGUACAAAAGUCAAAAUCUUUUUUUGGUCGUUUUACAAAACUGUUCAGAAGAAACAAAUGUUAAUGUAAUUCAAUCCUUCCUUUUAUAAACCAAAUAUCAAUUAUAUGUUCAACCCCAAAGCAAUGUCUUCGUUAUUUGUUCACACUUUUUGUUUGAGAGACCGAUUUAUACAAGCGAUAUACAUAACUACCAUAUUAACAUAAUGACAACGGUUCACCGUCCAUUCUUGGGUGAGUAAGAAG